UACGCUCUGUGAAACAUUCGGAUCAUUAAGCAAAAUAGAAUGAGGGCUUAGGUUUUAUAUGAUAUAAAUGUAUCCUGAAAAUUGUAUAUAGUCCAUAAAUAUUUCUAGUUUAAUAUAUAAUGUGCGUUAUUAUCAAACAAAGACGCAUCGUAUUUUAGAUUGAAUUUAGCUGAAAUCGAAAUUACUACGACAGAGAUGGCACAUACCUGCCACACCAUUAAUUUCAUUUUGUCAACAUGAAUAUGGUUUGCGCAUGACGCUGAGUGCAGAAUCAAUCGAUAAGCCACAGAUGAGGAGGAAUAUUGGUAAAGAUGACGGCAACGGAGGCAGAAAAUCGCCAAAAACUGCUUCGUGCAGUGAAAAAGGAGGUGAAGCAGAUAAUGGAAGAAGCUGUCACAAGAAAGUUUGUCCAUGAAGAAAGCAGCAGCAUCACCUCCCUUUGUGGAGCGGUCGAAGCCUGCCUGCUUCAUGGGCUGAGAAAACGAGCUCUUGGUCUGUUCAAGCUCAGCUCCACUACUGCACUACUACAGAAGGUGUCCAAAAGUUGUGACCCAGCUGCUGUUGUGCUCAAGUCACUCAACAAUUUAGAACAUAACUAUGAAGCAAACAGAAAGAGCAUCGACAGCAACAAGAAUCCAACCAAGCUGGCCUGUCUGCCUCGCUAUCUGUGGAUCCGUCUGGCUGUAUUCCAGAAACAACUCCAUAAAAUUCUGGAUUACCUCGUACAAAAUUACAGUCGGUAUUAUGAUCCGAAUGCUCUGAUUGCUGAUCCAGUUGAUGGACCAAUAUUCGCCUCUCUUCUGGUUGGUCCUUGUGCUUUGGACUACACCAAGAUGAAGACCACGGAUCACUUCUGGACAGAUCCACCUGCUGAUGAAUUGGUGCAGCGCCACAGGAUACAUUCCAGCACAAACCACUUAACGGGUCCAGGUUCCCCCAAGCGACCGGGUUUACAACCGAUGACAAAUUUUCAGAUACGGAAUACCAGCUCCAGCAGUGAGGAGAGCUCCAAAAGUUUCCAUCAGUCAGCUCGAGAUUACGUGGAGUCGCUCCACCAGAAUUCUAAAACAACUCUGCUGUAUGGCAAAAACAAUGUAUUAGUGCAACCUAGAGAGGACACGGAGCCUUUAGCAGGCUACUUGUCCUUACACCAAUCAGCAGAGGGCCUGACCAUCAUGUGGACCCCCAACCAGCUGAUGAACGGGUGUUGUGAGGAUACUGAUGAUGAAAUCGAUCGCAGUUUAUACUGGGACUAUGCCCUUACCGUGUACUUAGAUGAAAUUGUGUACAUACACUGUCAUCAACAACCUGACUGUGGUGGAACCAUCGUUCUGGUGGGACAGGACGGGGUACAGAGACCCCCUAUCCACUUUCCUAAGGGAGGGCACCUGCUAGCCUUCCUCUCCUGUCUGGAGAAUGGCUUGCUCCCCCACGGGCAGCUGGACCCCCCUCUCUGGUCUCAAAGGGGUAAAGGAAAAGUCUUCCCAAAAUUGAGAAAGAAGGGGAGCCGAAUCUCUCUGCUUUCAGGCAGCACGAGUUCCACGGGAAGCAGUACGAGUUCCAGUGCUGAUGAGGAGGAGGCUACAGAUUAUGUGUUUCGCAUCAUCACCACAUUCCGACCUGACAGCAUUCCUCCAGAAAUGAUGGAUCCUAAAGCUAAUGUAAAGGGAGAUGAUUUUUCCUGGGCAUGUAAAAUUCCCCGGGCUCCUGCUGUUAUGGACACAUCAUCCGUGCAGAGCUAUGCCAAAAUCCAGGAAUUACAGAACAGCUCAUGUCUCAACAAGUCUGCCACAGACCACAGGUAUCAAAUGGCAACUAUAAAGCAUUUAUGUGACACUAUGAAAACACAGAUCAUCUCCCGGGCCUUCUAUGGAUGGCUGGCCCAUUGUCGGCACCUGAAGACCGUUCGGACACAUCUGUCUGAGCUCGUUCUACACCGUAUCGUCCCAGCGAACGUUCCAUACGAUGCUUCCUGUGGUCUGACAGAGAGGACCUGGCGAGAACUCAAUAAGAAUGGAUCGGUGUCCAAUCCAGAGGAAAUAUACCGAUUAGUUUACUACGGGGGAAUAGAACAUUGCAUUAGGAAAGAGGUGUGGCCAUAUCUGUUGGGUCAUUAUCGUUUUAAGAGUACAAUGGAGGAGCGUCAGCGUAUGGAUAGCCAUGUUAAAACUCUGUACGAAAAGACAAUGUCAGAGUGGCUCGCAGUGGAGGCCAUUGUACGACAGAGAGAAAAAGAAACAAUGGCUGCCAACAUCCUCAAGAACCUGUCAUCUGAGAGCACUGAUAUGGCACUGCCUGGACCGUUUACUAGGGGGGACUCCAGCCUUAGCAAUGAAGUGUUUGAGUCUCUGGAUGAAUGGGACAACAUCAUGACCCAGGAGACAGUCAUAGAAGAGAGCUCUACCACAGGGACUACUUGCACACCCACCACUGACAGGAAGCAGAGUCUAGAGCUCCACCUACAAGGGGAGAUAAUUACAGUGGAGGAACAAAUCUCUCACAACACGAUACUUAGUAAAAGAGACUAUGUCUGUAAGUCUUUCUCAGAGAGCCCUGACGAUGGGCUAGGAGACUCUAUAGCACCCCACAAUUCUCAGGAGAGGGCCAAACUGGACUCGGCUGGGGACUCGGAGGGUACGGAUAUUUCCAAGUGUGGUGACAGGGACGGCAGUUUGGAGCGGGUGAUGCAUUUAACAAAACUCUCGUGUUCUAUAGACAGUGCAGAGGCUGAUGUGGAGGAUGUGAGCGAUGAUAGUGAUGAUAGCAGUGAUGAUGAAACUAGUGACGUGUCAUCAGAUCACAAAGUGACUGAAGAUACUACAAAGUCAACACAAGAACCAGUGUCUACAGAACAAAUAAGACGAUUGUCUGCAUCAAAGGAGAGUUUGAUAUCCCCGGCCUCUCCAGCAUCCCAUGGUGGGGUUUAUUCGGUGGAGAUGUUGGACACUGUAGGACUAAACCUACACCGGAUAGAUAAGGAUGUCCAGCGCUGUGAUCGCAACUACUGGUAUUUCACGCCGGCCAAUCUUGACAAGCUGCGUAACAUCAUGUGCACGUAUGUGUGGGAACACCUAGAUGUUGGUUACGUGCAGGGCAUGUGUGAUCUCGUGGCACCUCUUCUAGUUAUAUUUGAUGAUGAGUCCCUAACCUACAGCUGUUUUUGUGAAUUGAUGAAGAGAAUGUCUGCCAACUUUCCACAUGGAGGGGCUAUGGACACACACUUUGCCAACAUGAGAUCUCUGAUACAAAUUUUGGAUUCUGAGCUGUUUGAACACAUGCAUCACCAUGGUGACUACACACAUUUCUACUUCUGCUACAGAUGGUUCCUGUUAGACUUCAAAAGAGAACUGUUGUAUGAGGAUGUGUUCUCGGUGUGGGAGACCAUCUGGGCUGCGAAGUACAUAAGUUCCCCCCACUUUGUGCUAUUUAUAGCACUGGCUUUGGUGGAGUUUUACAGAGACAUCAUCUUAGACAACAACAUGGACUUCACUGACAUCAUCAAGUUUUUCAAUGAAAUGGCAGAAAGACAUAAAGCGAAGCAAGUUCUGAAGAUUGCCAGAGACUUAAUUCACAAGCUUCAGACACUGAUAGAAAAUAAAUAAGUGUGGAGAUAAUUUCAGAUUCCUUUAGUGUUAAUUAUGAAGCUGUGAGUUGUUACUGUACAAUAUAUAGAUUUGUCACCAAUGACCAUUGAUCAUGGGCCAACUGUGUGCAAGCCAUAAUCGCCCCAGUGUAUUACAGAGUAGUUAUUUUGUCAUUUUAUGGCUUUUCAGGUUUGUUAAAGGGUCCUGAAUUAUGUGCAAUUAUUACCGGUAGUUACAGUGAUUUUGAGUAACUGUAUAAAAUUGUAUUAUUAUGAGAGAAGAAUUCUAUUUUCUUUUCUUAUUUGAAAUAAAUCAUAUCGUCAUAGUCAUUCUUUAACACUGUCCAUUUAACACUGAACAUUUUAAUUUAUUUCCACAAAAUUUCAUAUCAAAGUUCCACAACUCUGUUCAUUAUUUGGUUGUAUUUUGACUGUAAGUCACAUUUGCCGUAAGGUACACUAGACCUUAAUUUUCAAUUGCUGUAAGAUAUGAAAAUGAUAAUUCAAAAAAAUACUAGAAACCAAUAUUACUGUUGACAGAGAGGAUAUUAUUCAAAACAGAGGUGUCUGAUGUGUAGAUAGAUAUAUAUUUAGAUAUCAGGAAGUAAUUUCAGAUUGUGUUGUGAGCAUAAAUGUUGGAAUCUUUGUACUAGUGUAUUCUCAGCAGAAAUUAUGUUUUCAUCUUGAAGAAUAGAGGAUUUAUCGGUAAUUAUCAAAUGGUGUCAAAAGUUUAAAGCAGGAAACUACAAUAUAUGCAAUUUUUUCAUGGUCAUUUGCAUUUGGGGGGGUGGGGGACUAAAAUUGACUGAAUUGUUCAUUACAUUGUAAUCCUGCAUGUUAUUUUUGUGAUUUGAAAGAUUAUUUAUGAUAAUUAUUUUCUUGAAUAUGCUGACUCUAUAAUUCCUGAUGGUCCCUGAACUCUGUAGUUGACAUUCUUAUAGAUAAAAACCUGAAUUAUCAUGCAGACUUUCAAAGUUUUGAAUAUACAUCGUAUUUGUAGUUUACAGAUACAAACACCUGUUAUUUUUGUAGGACACUGGAAACAAAUUUUUUAAUCAUGUGAUAUACACACAUUUUUCAUAUACUUUGAAUUUACAGGAGACAAAUUUUUGUGAUUUAUCUGAUCUGAUUUAAAGUUGUAAGGAAAAUUCGUUCUGCUUCAAAUUGAAGUGAGGACAUUUAAUGUGGUGUUGAUGACUAAGAAUCAAAAUAUACUCUUGCCUAAUGAGUUUGAUUUAGAUGCCAAAAUGGAAUCAGUAUAAACAGGCAGUAUGAAUGUUCAUUAGUUACUGUGGUAGAAGAUAAUUACUGUGACAGCUUACUGUACACAGGGAGAUACUCAUCCCCAUUUUAUUUUUGCCUUCGUCAGUAGGCAAAUUUAAGACUGGGGAAAACGACUUGCUGUAUGCAGGGAAAUAUUCACCCCCAUUUUAUUUUCGCUCUCAUCAGUGGGCAAAACUGUUUUCUCUCAUCUCUCAACACAACUGUGUCAGGGCGAAUUUAAAAUGGGACAAAACUGUCUUCAAGUGUAGAAGAGUGUAUAUAAGACGGGGCGAAAAUAACCCUGUAUACAGCAUAAAACCACAGCUGAUGGGUUAGUGUGCAGUACAUAUUGUGUCACAAAUAUACAAUGAGAAAGUAGACAUCAUUCAGUUCUCAAUAGCUUAUCCAGGGAUUGUUAUUCUGUUUGCAGUGUCUGUAAGUGUAAUUGUAAACAUGAUGUAAUGCUGUAUGAUCUUAACUUGUCUCAGUUAAACUUACAGAUGUUUUCUCUGUUAAACAACAGGAUUUCAAAAAAUUAUUUUUAAUGUUUUAAACAUUUCGUACAUAUAAAUCUAAAGGCAUUUCCAUGAAAAGAGGGGGGGAAAAUAGCUAUGUUGUAAAAAAAAAAAAAAGUUCAUUGUUGGUUAAUACAAUGAUUAUAGAAAAAAAAGUAAUAUAAAAAAAAUUUCGUUGUUGGUUAAUACAAUGAUUGUAGAAAAAAAGUAAUGUUGUAAAAAAAAAUGUUCAUUGUUGGUUAAUACAAUGAUUAUUGCAAGGGUACUACAUAGAUUUGACUGUAAAACAGACUUAGAUGUGUGAUUGAAGUCAAGAGAGACUAACCUCAUUUGGCUCAAAUUUUCACGUUUUUCAAGAGCUACACUGUAAAGACUAUUUCAUAAAAAUAUGAACUUAUUAACGUAAUUCCAUCACAUACACAAAGAACAAUCAAUGGAAGUUUGUACAUGAUUUCUUUUUAUCAUACUUCUGUAUGGCAGUAGUAUUUGUAAAGAAAAGGUUUCAGAUUAUAAUGAUUAUUAUAUUAUCAGAAUAUUUCAUACAGUUUUUACUGUAGGUUCCUUGUUUUACGCGAGUACUUAAUAUAGCGAAAUGACUCAGAUACGUCAAAUUGCGUGAACAUGAAGUCGCAUGUCGUCUGUUAAUCAAGAGUUCUUGCAUGUAUUUUAGCAACAGAAAAUUAAAAGCAAGUAAUUUUAUUUUGCGAGUUAUGCCUCUCGUGAAAUGCGUGAUAAUAAAUUCCUCGCGUAUAUCUAGGAAUCUACAGUAUUACAUUUGAAAACAAUGCCCAACUAGCAGAUCUACAGGAUUAACUGACUGUGCGUUGUUCUGUAAGUUGCUAAUCAGUAUAAACAGUUUAUUUUCUAUCACCACUACCACAGCUUUCUGUAUGGGGUACGUUGGAUGGUACCUUGCAUCGUUGAACUCCAUUUUGCCAAUAAAGCGACCCUGUCAACAUGGACCAGUUGUUGUGUUUUUCUGGAUCAUUGAUUUGUUGAUUAAAUGACAAAGCACUCAUUUCCUGUUGUAGAAACUUGUGUGUUAGAUUUGUGAUUUUGUAUAAAUUGUUAUUAUUUAUUAACAGUGUUAUUGUUGAUUAUUAAAAUUGAAUGUAUUAAAUAUGAGAAAAGAAAUAAA